AUGAAUGAAGAUGUGUCUGAUCCCCACCCAAAUAUUAAUCAUGUUGACCUCUCUUUGAAGCCAAGUAUGGAUGCAGAUGAUGAUCAGCGUCAGAAGAAGUACUUAUACGAUGUUUUUAUCAGUUUCAGAGGAGAAGAUACCCGCAAAACUAUUACUAGUCAUCUUGAGAGAGCACUCAAGGAAAGAGGGAUUGAAACGUACAUCGACGAUAAACUUGAGAGAGGAGGAGAGAUUUCCAAAGCUCUUUUGGAUGCCAUUGAGGACUCCAAAUUCUCUAUAGUUAUUUUCUCGACAAAUUAUGCGACUUCGUCGUGGUGCUUGGAUGAGCUUGAGCAUAUUAUCCAAUGUAAGAAAGAGAAGAUGCAAAAUGUUCUGCCUGUGUUUUAUAAUGUUGAUCCAGCUAAUGUGCGCACACAGAAGAAAAGUUAUGCAGAUGCGUUUGUGGAACUUGAAUAG